GUAUAUUCACUUUGCGAACUCCAGGUUCCGGUCGCGCACGUCGAGCCACGAGUUAUGAGCCGCGCGGGCCGCCGUAGUCAGCUGCUGCAAGCAGGAAGUGUCCGAGGAGCUGGAGGAGACUGCAGGAUGGCUCCGGACCCCUGGUUCUCCACAUACGAUUCUACUUGCCAAAUUGCACAGGAAAUUGCUGAGAAAAUUCAACAACGAAAUCAGUAUGAAAGAAAUGGUGAAAGUACAACCAAGCUUACGGUGACAAUCAGAGCUUUGUUGCAGAAUCUGAAGGAAAAGAUCGCCCUUUUGAAGGACUUAUUGCUAAGAGCUGUGUCAACACAUCAGAUAACACAGCUCGAAGGAGACCGAAGACAGAACCUAUUGGAUGAUCUUGUAACUCGAGAGAGACUACUUCUGGCAUCCUUUAAGAACGAGGGUGCAGAACCAGAUCUCAUCAGGUCCAGCCUGAUGACGGGAGGGGCUAAGCGAGGCGUACCCAACCCUUGGCUUUUGGAGGAGCCAGAGGAGACCAGAGGUUUGGGUUUUGAUGAAAUCCGGCAACAGCAGCAGAAAAUCAUCCAAGAACAGGACGCAGGCCUUGAUGCCCUUUCCUCUAUCAUAAGUCGCCAAAAACAAAUGGGGCAAGAAAUUGGAAAUGAGCUGGAUGAACAAAAUGGAAAUUUAGCCUGUUCAAUGAGCCUGACUAAAAAGGACGCCAGCCACCAUAAGGGUGAAGCGUACCCAUCCUAUGAUGUGCUUAGUUCUGAAGAUCAGAAGUCUGAAAUCAGUGUCACUGGACUGAAAUCAAAGUGUCCCUCCAGAGGCUCUGGGGGAGAACUCAUUUUUUGGCCUUUUCUAGCUUCUAGAGCUGAAUUCCUUGAAUCCCUUGGCUCGUGGCCCCUUUCUCCAUCUUUGAAGCCAGCACUAGUCAUCAUGCUGCCUUCUGGGUCAAAUCUCUCUCUGCCUCUCUUUUAUAAGCACACUUUUGAUUACAUUUAGGCCCCAACCACAUAUUUUGGGAUAAUCUCUCCAUCUCAUAUCCUUACUAGUUAAUUUACGAUUUAAAAUUUUUUCCAUUACAGUUGACAUACACCGUUCUAUUAGUUUCAGGUGUACAACAGAGUGAUUAGAUAUUUAUAUAACUUCCAAA